ACCAAUUUUGCAUUGGCGAACACAUUUACCCACUCUCAAGCAAAGGCAACUCACACACUAGACGUCCCUCAGCGGACGGCGAAUUGGGUCGUCCACUCGACUGCCGGAGCGGCCGGACGCAUCAUGCAUGCCUUCCUGGGCUCAGCCCACCGCGGCGCCGCCGCACUGCCCCGGCAAGCGGCCGCCGCUACCUCUCGGAUCCACACUGCCUGCACAGCCCUGUCCGCUGGCCGCUCCUGCGCGGCUCAAGCCGAGCCGGCGGCCUCGCAACGCGGGUUGCUAGCAGGCAAUGCACAUGGCGCGGCGGCGCCUCAGCGGCGACGGCCUUGCAGCGGGCGGCUGGUAGCGCACGCCUCCAAGGAUAAGGGGCGUGGGGCCGAUGUGCGCGAUCCACGGGAGGCGAAGAAAGCGGCGGCAGCGGAGGCAGCGAAAGCACGGGAGGAGCAGGAGGAGGAAGAGGAGGACGGCUAUCUUGACGGGGAGGAGGGGGAAGACGAGUUUGAUGAAGGCGAGUACGAGGAGGGUGAGGACGGCGAGGACGAGGACGAGGACGGCGGCGACGACUACGCGGCCUCUUUCCUGGAGCCCGACGACGCGCCGCGCGAGGUGGCGACCGGCGGCACGGCCUGGGGCGAGGUGGUGCUCAAGGCGGCGCACGAGGUGCUGGCACAGCCCAACCUGCAGGGUCUGGAGCUGUACCUGUUCCGCGCGCUGCCCUCCUCGCGCAAGGUGGACAUCCGGCUGGACAAGAUGGACGACCUGUACGGCAGCCCCUCCAUCGACGACAUAGAGGCCUUCCAGAGGGGGCUGUUCGCGGCUCUGGACCGGGAGCUGGGUGUGGAGGCGGCCGGCGAGAUCUCGUUCGAGGUGUCGUCGCCGGGUGCGGAGCGCCUGGUGCGGGUGCCGGACGAGCUGAGGCGCUUCGAGACACUGCCGCUCAAGGUGGAGUACCGCACGCCCGAGGGCAAGGACGCCAGUGCGGUGCUGCUGCUGGCGGAGCUGGACGAGGCCGCCGGCACCAGCGCCUGGCGGUUGGCCAACUGCCGAGCCAACGCCACCGUCAAGGGCCGCGCGCUGUCCAAGCGCCAGCUGUCGCAGGUGCUGGCGCUGCCGCUGGCGGACAUCAUCCGCGUGCGCAUCCACGUGGACUUCUGAUGGCAGCCAGGGUGGCAGUCGGGAUGAAGCAUGGGGUGAAGGAUGGCGGUGAAGAUGGGGGUUGGGUCGUGGUCGGGGCGGUGGUGGCGUGUGUUUGGCGUGGUGGCGGUGGUGGGCGCGCGGUUAUGGCGGGCGAGGGCGGAUUGUGCGUCAUGAUGUGCCGGUACGGUGCACCACGUGGGCUUUGCGGCCGAGGGCUUUGGUUGGAGCGUAUUGGGCCCUUUGCGUAUUGGGUCCUUACCUUAAGCUGGAAAUGGCGUCCAGGGUAUAUGCAUAUUGAUUUGUGAAGGCGGUGGAACGAAAAAAGCCAAGGCACAAUCAAACCGAAAUCAGGGGGCACUUCGCGGACCUGACCUUUGGGGCCGAGCAGUCGUGGCCGUGAGCCGAUUAGGCAGCUGCGCAGAGGCGCGGCUGGCAGGAUGCAGGCGGCAGGUGACCAGGUGUCGGACUGUGCGGGUGUCGGGCCCAGGCUUGAGCGUGGACGGUACCCGAGCGAGUGGCAUGCAGGCGGCGGUGUGGUAUGUGUCGCUGCAGGGGCGGCUGCGGGCGGGCGGACUGCGGGUCCGGAGAAGGGCGGCUGCGAGUGGGUGCGUUGUGGGGAGGUGAGCGGCCAGCAGGGCCGGCGUAAGUCUCCUUCGUGCAAUGCGCUCGUUGAGGUGGAGUCCGCGAGGCGGGGGCUGUACGGAGUAGCACGGCAAAGGGGCCCCACGCACGUUUUGGGCCGCCAUGAAAGAGCAGGAUGGCAGCAUGGCACUCCCGCGUAUUCUUAUGUCGCCAAACUCUUUGCAGAGUGA